AUGGCCCCCUGUGUAAAUGGAUCCAUUUGUACAGCCUCCGGGCUAUUGUCAUGUAAAUGCCUGGUGUGGUUACUACCAUCGCCCGGCAACACCCGCCUGUUCAACUGCGUCUACUACCCCCUCCUACCUCCCUUCCUUACCUGUCUAUCCCAGGUGUUUUUUAAGCACCUGGUGGUGGUAGGGGUGUGCAGGUAGACUGGAGCAUACCUUGUCUUAAAACCAAGAGGAAAGCGCUGUUUGAAACUGUUGCCAUGUGGCUGUUUUAUUUGACAACACCGCUCCAUGGACAAGUCAUUCAAACCAGGUGACAGCCACAGGUGUGUCGCCUCACCUGAGUCUUCUGCCACGGUCUUGGACUUGUGGGAUCACCUGCGACACUCCUUGAGAUUUCACUAGGACUCUCUGAAAGGCCAUUUCGCCAUUUGCCAGCUGUAGCGGACACAAGGAGGGAUUUAGAAUUGGCGUUGUUGAGUGUGUGUCGUAUUACGUGUUUACCUCUACAGCCAUGCCGGAGAGAAAGCUGACUGUAGAACCACCAGAGAUUAGGCAUGAAGAUUUGGAGGACUUCCUGGCCACAGAUGACCUGUUUGUGGAUUACUUCAACAAGUUCCUCAGCCUCCCAACAUUCCCAGAACCUCUUAGAUUCAACAAGGACCUGGGAGGGUUUGAGGUUGUCACCAACGCACAGAAGGAUGUGGCCAAUCAGAUCAAAGCUGUGGCGCGUUCAUACAAGGCACCCAGCCAGAUCUACAACGCCACACGAGCAAUCACGGACAAGCCCCUGUACUACCAGGUGUUCUCUGAUGAGCCACAGACACAGGAGGAGAUUAAAACCAGCUUCCUUGUAACAUGUCUGAACAAGGAACAAGGCAUCCAGUGGAUCAAGCAGCAGCGUCUGCCUGCCUUCCUGCAGAGUGACCUGUACCUGGAGUAUCGCCUGGCCAAACUGCUGCAGCAGACAGACAACCUGGAGAGCGGGGUCAAACUCACCAUAGACACAGAGUACAGACCUUUUUCCAGGAAGAAGUCGGUUGUGAUCACCCAGCAGCUGGAGGAUGAUGCAGCAGUGAAGCUGAUGAAGACCAUGUAUGUGUGCAUGGGAGAGGCCUCCACAACACAGACUAAACAGUGGAUCUCUACAGCCAGACAGGCCAACCAGCUCCAGACAACCACAGCUGCAAAAUCCCGCAUGUCCAGUGGCAUUGGCAGCGACCCGUUUGGUUACCAGUCCAGGCCGAACAGUGGACGUCCAGCGUCUGCUGAGUCCCUGCUGGGAGAGGAUGGGCUGAGGGUACAGGACAGUGCCAUGUGGACAGGCUCUGCUAGGUCCCAUGACAGAGAUUCGGUGCAGUCAGAAGACUGGUACUCCAGCAAGUUGUUCGGAGUGGAGAGCCCGACCCGGAGACCCCCCACCCGCUCCAAGACGCCGCUGCACGAGAACUUUGUCUGCAUGGUGACCGAUGACCAGUCGCAGCGAACAGGAGCUAUCAGUAGGAGCACGGUCUAUAAGGAGAGCGGAUUUGGGGACGAGGAAAAGGAGGGAGAGAAAGAUGCUGAGGACAAUGAGGACCAAGAUGACAGUGAUGAUGACAGUGGGUCAUCAGAAAGAAGUGACUCCUCGUCCAAAUCAGAAUCAAGUGACACUACAGAUGAGGAUGAGGAGCAUCCCUACCUCAAUGUGCAGAAUGUGGAAGACUUUGCGACUAUUGUUGUCGCCAUCGUGAUGAAACAGUCCGUCGCUGCAGUAACAGACGUGGACAUCAAGGAAGUUCCAGACUUCUUUGACACAUCCCAUCUUCUAAAGCCUGGUGUAUCACUGCAUCAUCUAGAAAUCGGUCCAAAGGGAAAAAUCACCGCAAGAACUGAUAUAGAAGAAGAGGAGGACGAGAAAACAAAAAAAGUGACAAUCAAGGACGAAAAUGAAAACGACAGUGAGAGUGAUAUUGACUCCCUGUUUAGUGAGGAGUCCGAGGAGCCUGACCCCUGGUUCAGAAAACAGAGGGUGUUCGAGCUGCAGAACUGUAAAGGAUUCGAAGCAAUGAGGAAAUUCCUGGAGGGAAGCAAUGGAGAUAAGUACUGGAGUUUCUGGCUGGACAUUGACAGAGGAAAACUGAUCACAGAUCCCAACAAGCACCAGAGCUACCUGGUGAAGAUGAGAGAGAGGUACCUUCAGAAGAGCAGCCCGCUGGCGCUGACCCACGAGAUGUGCCAGGCCCUGGGGCUGGGGCUGGCCCGAGACUGGACCAUGGACCAACUAGCAGAUGUACAGGCCAGAGUCUUGGAACCUCUGCUACUGUACUGGGCUCCCCGGUUCCUGUUGAGUCAGCGCCGCCACACCAACAUGGACCAGAACUACCUGUACUUCAGACAGAAGCUGAACCGCCCCAAGUCUGCGGAGAUUGACCCCCAGCCUCGCACCAUCACCAUCAUCCCCCUCCGCCCCAAAACAUGCAUCCCCAGGGUCAAGCUGGGACAGAGACAGAAGCAGGUGUCCCGGAGUGCUGACCUGGCCCUGUUGAAGCAGCAGGAGAGAAACAGGAAGGAGGGACAACAGCUGCUCACCGCGAAACUCAACCUGAGGAAAUCACCCUCACCUGACAGGCUCAAGACUAAAGCUCUCAGCCCCAAGCACAAAAGGCGGAAGUCAGCGCGGAGCGACAUUUCCUCCAUCAGCGGGAGCAGCUGGGCGGGGUCGGAGGACAGCUCGCCAGAUGAGGGACCUCAGAACAUCCGCAACAUCGUGGCCAGGAAGUUCAGCCUGCCGAGCUCCAAUGACAGCGUGUUCCUGGGCAGCUCCAGGAUGGAACAGAUGCUCCAGGCCUUGUACCACGACAGGAAUGCUGGGUACUUCUUCACACAGUUCUGUGAGAGGUCAGGGAAUAAGCUCUGGUCCAACUCCAUCCACUGCUGGACAGACCUGCAGACGUACCACACCCUGUUCUACGCUGACGUGCUCGACCCUUUUGUAGUGAAGAAAAAAGCUCAGUACAUCCACUCUAGGUUUGUGGUAGCUGCCUCCCCAGAGGACAUUGGGUGCAGCCAGGACAUCAGGAACGAGGUGUACAAGAACAUCGACCCUCCCUUCGAGGAACUAUUUGACUCAGCGGAGGAAUACAUCCUGCAUGUGCUGGUGGUGCCAUGGCAACAGAUGAUUGAGGGGGACAAGCACACUUACUCUAAGGUGGAGCUUUUUGAACAGAAGCGCCAUCUCGAGACCAAGUCACGCCAGCUGCUUCGUCUACAGAAGAAGGGUCUCCUUAGAGAGCUGACCAUCACCCCUGAAGCAGAGGAGCUGGAGGAGUCUCCGUACGACGACACCAUCUGGGCCAAGCUGCCCGACCAGUUCAAGAAGUGGACCUUCGAGGGGCUGGUGCACAACCGGCUGGAACUGGAGCACUUCCGCAAGUUCCUGGCCGACAACUUCGCCUCCAUCGACCUGCAGUGUUGGAUGGAUAUUGAGGCAUUUCGUCGGCUGUCUCAUCUGGACAAUGCCAAGAGAGAUGACAAGGCCAAGGACAUCAAGAGCAAAUAUCUGAACAAGAAAUACUUCUUUGGGCCCAACAGUCCUGCAACAAAAGAGCAGCAGAACAAGGUGAUGGAGGCAGGCGGAGGCUGGGGUAAGAUCCUGCAGGACCGUCCUCCCACCACCCUCCUGCUGGAGGCACAGAAGUACGUGAAGGAGCGGCUGGAGAAGAAGUGGCUGCCCAUGUUCCUGUCGACGACGGAGUUCCAGGAGAGACAGAGACCAAAGAUCAACAUGGACGACGUGGCUGAGGACGUCAUGGUGCACAAACAGAGGAAACGACAACAAGUCUGGAAGAUGCUGGACAGUAAGCUGAUGUCGUCGACCCGUGACAUCAUCGCGUUCCGCCGGGCGCUGAUGAACCCCGUCACCAGCCAGCAGUUCCGCAAGUUUGUGUCUGUGAAGGGAGAGAACCUGGAGAACGACGUGCUGUUCUGGCUGGAGAUACAGAAGUACAAGGACAUGGUCCAUGCCCACGUGGAGGACUCCUUCAUCCAGCAGAAGAUCGCCGCCAUCAUCCACUGCUUCAUCGACUCGUCCCUCCCCCCGUCUGUCCAGAUAGACAUCCCCCCCGACCAGGCUGACAGGAUCCUGGAGCACCGCAGGGAGCUGGGGCCUUACAUCUUCAGGGAGGCACAGUUGACAGUGUUCCGGCUGCUGCUGCACCAGUGGGGGGCCUUCUGUGAGUUCCGACAGAACAUGGCGGAGGAGAAGAUCCUCACCACGCUGGAGAGACAGAGGAAGAGAGCGAGGGAACGAGAGAGGGCCAGGCAGAAGGCAUACGAAGAGGAACAGGCAAAGAGAGAAGCGCUGAAGGCUGGUGAAGGAGAAGAUGAGGAUGCUGGGAGUGACUUUGGCAGUCAGAUGGACGAGGAGACGUCACAGGCUUCUCUGGAGAAGGUGACCUGGUCCUACGGGAACUAUAUGGCAGCUCUGGAGCGAGAAGAACAGAUGAACAAACUGCCUGACAUGGACAACAUCUCCCUCAGCACACUGAGCGACCUCUCAGGUCUGACCUCCAACACCAGUAUGAAGACCUCGCGAGCGGAGAGUGUGAGUUCCGAGGUUACCAAGGAGACGUUAGAGACGGGGAAAUCCACGCUACUGGACGUCCCGAAGAAGGCGAGGCCGCGGAAACCGUCCAUCGUCAGCAUCAAGGACGGGGGCAAGGUGGUACAGGCCAGGACGGGGAAGGAGCUGGUGCCUGCCCCUCCGAGGGACCUGCCACCCCCUCCGCAGACAGUGGGAGAGGCCGACGGAACCAACAGACCCAGGGGGAAGAAGGUGGUGAACGGGACCGGCCCACAUGGGGAUGGGAGGGAAGCAAAGAGUGGGAAAAACAAACUACCUGCACUGCAGAAAGUCAGAUGAAAUUUUGUUAUGCCUGAGAUUCUACAGAUUUUUUUUGUGAGAGAUUAUUUUAUGCUACAUGUAUGUGAACAAAAUUAACAAGAUAUGCAAUAUCUUUUCACAUGUAGUACACAAAGCCACAGGUUUAGAGAAUAAGUUGUAAAUUUCUCCUCCUCGUUGAUUGUAUGUUUGACCAGCAAGUCUGAAAUUAAUGCAGUAGUGCCAAAGUCAUAAUCUUUCAAUGUACCUGAGGUGCUUUUAGGAGAAAGUUGUAAAUAGAUGCUUGCAUGAAUGCUUGCUUAUUGAAGUAAUUAGCUCUUUUGCAAAUGAGAAAAUGAAGUCUAUUUUUGCAACACUAGUGGUUCAACAUUGAAAGACCACUUUUGUGUUGUGACAAUCUCGUCCGUCCAAAAUAAAGUACUUGUGCCACAUGUAAGCUUUUGACAGGAAAACUGAAAUAAGUGCUGUGAAUGAACACCUCAAAGUAAAUUUGUGAUUGAUGAACUACAGAUGAUAUAAUGCAGUAUGUAUUUUGUAAUUAUGUUGUAUUGAAAGAAAUUGAUAUUAUAUGACUGGAUUGUCAGAUUUUUUAAAUGUUGCAUGAAUAUAUAUUUAUCAACUAAAACAUUCCAAAUACCUGUACUCAUGAGAUUAUUGUUAGCCUACAGACCUGUAGGGAUCUGUUGAUAUAAAUGCAAUUUGUGUGGAUGUACAGAUAAAUGCUGUCUAGCUUGAAGUCUGUUUAAAAGUUUGAAAGACAGAAAUUUAUAGGCUACAGAACAUGUGUGAGAUUAGAUUUAGUUUUAUACUUGAGUGUUGUUUGUGCUAGUGUCUGUUUUUGUUCUGUGAAGUAAAAGAGUAUUUACAACCACCA